GAUAAAAAGGGGCUUCUGCAAUUCCCUCUCAUCGUCUCCUAAAAAAAGCCUCUACUAUGUCCGCAAGCAUGGUGGAGCCUCUCUGAAGAGGGAUUUUAGAGAGGCCCGAUUUUAUCUUAACAUCUUUAUUGCUUUAUAUAUUUUUCAUUUAAUUGAAUUUAGUAUUUUCUAUAACCAUGGCUGAUAAUUCCAUGGAUCAAAUAAAAAAUAACGAAGUUGAUCUUGAGAAAAUCCCUAUCGAAGAAUUGUUCAAGAGCUUAAAGUGUAGCAGAGAUGGGUUGAGCGACGAUGAAGGUGCGAGAAGGCUCGAAAUAUUUGGCCCCAAUAAGCUCCAGGAGAAAAAGGAAAGCAAACUCCUCAAAUUUCUAGGGUUCAUGUGGAAUCCCCUUUCAUGGGUGAUGGAAAUUGCAGCCAUCAUGGCGAUCGUUUUGGCCAAUGGUGGUGGUCGGCCGCCGGAUUGGCCGGAUUUUGUAGGCAUCGUUGUGCUUCUUCUGAUCAACGCAACCAUCAGUUUUGUCGAGGAAAACAAUGCCGGAAACGCCGCCUCCGCCCUGAUGGCGAGCCUGGCGCCGAAGUGUAAAAUUUUGAGAAACGGGAAAUGGAGGGAAGAGGAGGCUUCUAUCUUGGUUCCCGGAGAUAUGAUAUGCGUGAAGCUGGGAGAUAUUAUUCCGGCCGACGCUCGUCUCCUUGAAGGUGACAUGUUAAAGAUCGACCAAGCUGCACUUACCGGAGAAUCGCUGCCGGUGACUAAGAACACCGGUGACGCUGUGUAUUCCGGGUCGACGUGUAAGCAGGGAGAGAUUGAGGCUGUUGUCAUCGCCACCGGCGUCCGUACGUUUUUUGGCAAGGCUGCACACCUUGUCGAUAGCACCAAUCCAUCUGGUCAUUUCCAACAGGUAUUAACCGACAUUGGUAACUUCUGUAUAUGUUCAAUUGCGGUUGGAAUGGUGAUCGAGAUUAUAGUGAUAUAUCUGAUUCAACGAAGAGCAUAUAGAGAUGGUAUUGAUAAUCUAUUGGUUCUUCUGAUUGGAGGUAUCCCGAUUGCCAUGCCUACAGUGUUAUCUGUAACAAUGGCAAUCGGGGCCCACCACCUUUCACAACAAGGUGCCAUCACCAAGCGAAUGACUGCUAUUGAGGAAAUGGCAGGCAUGGAUAUUCUUUGUAGCGAUAAAACAGGCACCCUCACUCUUAACAAAUUGAGUGUCGACAAGAACUUAAUUGAGGUAUUUUCCAAGGAUUGUGACAAGGAUACGGUGGUACUGUAUGGUGCUCGGGCUUCGAGGACUGAAAACCAGGACGCGAUUGAUGCGUCCAUGGUCAACAUGUUGGCUGACCCAAAAGAAGCUCGAGCGGGAAUCAAAGAGGUUCAUUUUCUUCCGUUUAAUCCCGUGGAUAAGCGUACUGCCAUCACUUACAUUGACGAUCAUGGGGAUUGGCAUCGAUCUAGCAAGGGUGCACCCGAAGAAAUCAUCCAACUUUGUGAGCUCAAGGGCGAAACACUGAAGCGGGCUAAUGAUGUCAUCGAGGGGUACGCAAACCGAGGUCUUCGAUCAUUGGGAGUUGCUCGUCAAACCGUGCCAGAGAAGUCGAAAGAGAGUGCAGGUUCACCCUGGGAGUUUGUUGGAUUAUUGCCUCUUUUUGAUCCACCAAGACACGACAGUGCUGAGACUAUUCGAAAGGCUUUGGAACUUGGUGUUAAAGUUAAAAUGAUAACCGGAGAUCAACUCGCUAUUGGUAAAGAAACCGGUAGAAGACUUGGCAUGGGGUCCGACAUGUAUCCGUCUUCUUCACUUCUUGGACAAGGUGGCAACGAUGCUUCCAUUGAUGACCUCAUCGAGAAAGCCGAUGGCUUCGCCGGAGUUUUCCCCGAGCACAAGUACGAGAUUGUCAAGAGGUUACAACAAAGGAAUCACAUAUGCGGUAUGACCGGAGACGGUGUGAACGAUGCACCCGCACUCAAGCGAGCCGACAUCGGAAUCGCAGUGGCCGACGCCACAGACGCUGCAAGGAGCGCCUCCGAUAUAAUCCUGACCGAGCCUGGGCUUGGCGUGAUCGUGGACGCAGUAUUAACAAGCCGAGCCAUCUUCCAAAGGAUGAAAAACUACACGAUCUAUGCAGUCACAAUCACCAUCCGUAUCGUGAUGGGGUUCAUGCUCCUCACACUCAUAUGGAGGUUCGACUUCUCGCCGUUCAUGAUCCUUAUUAUCGCACUCCUUAACGAUAGCACCAUCAUGACAAUAUCCACCGAUCGGGUCAAGCCGUCACCAGUCCCAGAUUCUUGGAAGCUUAACGAAAUCUUCGCCACCGGUAUCGUCCUCGGAUCCUAUCUCGCACUCGUAACCGUCCUCUUUUUUUGGCUCACAUCAAGAACCAACUUCUUCCCGAGGCUUUUUGGUGUUCACUCGCUCAUCGGAAAUGAGGACGAAAUCACGGCGGCAGUUUACCUACAAGUGAGCAUCAUUAGCCAAGCCCUCAUCUUUGUGACCAGGUCUCAGAGUUGGUCAUUUGUCGAGCGCCCUGGCUUCUUGCUCUUACUCGCAUUUGCUCUAGCCCAAAUAGUAAGGACCAAAAUAACAUUGUUUUUUUUAAUUAAAAGACCAAACUACCCUCUCACCACCCAUAUUAGUAAAAAAAUUUAUGUUUUUACAGGUGGCUACGAUGCUUGCCGUAUAUUCAGACUGGGAUUUUGCGGAAAUGAAAGGAGUUGGAUGGCGGUGGGCGGGAGUAAUCUGGCUCUUCAGCAUCAUCACCUACAUCCCUCUAGACAUCCUCAAGUUCAUCAUCCAUAAAUCAUUGAAUGGAAAAUAGUCAAAUAGUCAAUAUCCAACACCGCCACACGGCGUAAAGUCAAUGGUGGUUGUGAAGGGAUUGGCCACCCGUACCCACAAAA